UGGACUUACGUCUGCCACAUCCAUUUUCUUUCCAUCUUCUGUUUUAGCUUUGGUUUUUAUCGCGUUUCAAUAUGCUGGUCUCCAGCCUGUCUUAGCAUUUACAGUACUUUGCAAGAGAGAGAGAGAGGGAGAUGAAUUUCUGGUACAAAGUUUGCAGCUGCUGUUGCCCUAUAGAAGAUGAACUGGAGAAGAAUCCAUUGGUGGUUGGCGACACGCUUCAGUAUUUCAACAAGUUGCAGAAACGACGGGAAUUAGAGGCUGUCAACUUGUGGAAUGAACCAAUGGACAAGACUCACGUGGAACGGGAUGAUGAUCAUAAACUCCACAUGUUGCUGGAGAAAAGGUCAAAAACGCGCCGGGGAUCAGAGGACUACCGACGCUUGAGCUUUGACAUCAUCGCUCACCGGCAGAUCCGUCGGAAAAUGAAGGACCGAUGGAAGCAAAUCCUGGAAGUCUUGGGAUUCAAAGCUGAAGCAGAUGGGCUCCUCACUGUCACGUCCAGCACCUCAUAUGAAUCCCUUCACUAUCCUCAAGAGGCCCGCAGGAUCCACACUGCCCUGGCUGAGCAGACAACCAUUUUUGGCUGGCAUCGUGGUGGUCCACCCGAGAGAUACCUCUUUGUCAUUGACAGGCUGCUUCUCCUUGAUGUGGGAGAUGAAUUCCUGUCAGCAGCUCGGCACUUCUACCCCGUGGAGUACGAAGAGGACGAGGGAUCUUCCAGCGAUGGAGGGCCUACAACACCUGGUCCUGUCUUGGUCACAACGAGCAACGAAGCUCAGGAAGAGAUGGAGGAGGGCAUAGAUGGGGAUUAAGCCGAGGAGAAGGUGGAAGAGAGACAGGCACUGAAGAAAGUGCAAAGAGGCGGGCACAACUCAACCUUUGGAUGGAAGAACGAAUGCAUUCAGAGUAGACGACUGAACCGCGAACCUGUUGGAAACUCCCUUUGACACAAAGAACUUGCGCCCCCAUUUCCCGUUCACGCUUUACCCCUUUUCUCCUGUAUUAAUCUCAUGGGUUAACAAAUUGCAUCGUUUCUCACGACUCUCAGUCUAUAGUUUUCUAUAAAACAGCAGGUGAACAUUUGGAUGGAAAGACAUAAACCCAAACCCGGAGCUGAAAUGUUCUCCAUGGCCAAAAAUCUGGGGCUUUCCCACACUGCCUUUAUACCUUUAUUUUAGGCUUUGCCACUCACUCAAACAAACAAACAAACAAUUUAUACCCCGCCCAUC